UCAGGUUCCCACGUCAGUGGCCAAGGGCAGGGGCCACCUGCGAAAAGUGUUAUGGCAUGGUCCGGGGUGGGUAUGUGGCCAAGGAGGCCUUCAGCAGAGGAGCCUGAGGGGCCUCGGCCAAGAUGAUUAAAGCUGCCAUCUUGACACGUGUCAUAUCUGAAUUGUCAGUGGGAGGGUGGGGACAGAGCUUGCUGGGUUUGGGAUUCGGGUCCCAUGACUGAGGAAGAACCAUUCUCAGAAAUGAAUGGGAGAGUGGCAGGGUGGUGGAGCCCCUCUCCUGCAUCACAUGGCACGGGGGCUUCCUUAACAGCACUGGGCUUGGGGGCAAGUGUCCCCAUGUUGUGGUGGAGGAGACAGUCUUGGAGAGGUAAAGUGACCAUCCGGAGCCACACAGCUUAGAAGUGGCAGAGCCAGAAUCCCACUCAGGCUGUGUGCCUUCCGUAACCAGCUGGGAAUGGUAAGGCAGAUGGGGAGGGCUCCCUGGUCCGAUGUAGGACUGGGCAGUGGGACGAGCAGGUCCCUUCGUGGCCACAUGGAGGCUUUCUGAGAUCCCUGGCCUAUGGAGGGGCAGGCCCUCAGCCAGGAGUUGCCUCUCCCCCAUGGCGGAGGUUCAGCUUUGAAGAGGCCCAUUCCCAUUCCUGGCACAGUGGGGCACCUGGGCUGAAAGCCAAAAUACAGCCCCUGGGACCACAGAUGCCCCUGUCUUUCAGUCCUUGGACCUCUGCCCUCUGCCCUCCAUGAGAAGGGGUCUGUAAAUCCCAUCUUUGUCAUAAAAGUCUGCAUGGUCUUGGGUGUGUCCUAGGGGAAAGGAGGGGACUGAACCCCAGUUUCUUCCUACAUUAAAUAAACAUGGUGCUUCCUGGGAGCCAAGGGAUGUGUCUCUUCUCCAAACAGGGGCCUUCUGGAUAGAAUUCUUGGGGUCUGGAGCCUUCAGGGAGGAAAGGAAAAGAAACCCCUCCUAAUGCUGGAACCCAGACUGGGCCCCCCACAUUAACCUCUAGGACUGCCCCUCUGGGAACUAUCGGGGGACUCACCCUCCUUUCCCCCUUUCAAACAUUUGCCAAGUGCUCCCUUCCUGGGGCAGAGGUCAGCUCCCGGCUCUCCCUGGGCAUGAAGAAAUGUACGUGAAACCUGGACUGUCCAGGCCAGCAGUGGGGCACACUGCCCUACCCAAAUGCCCCAGUAAGCUCCUCUCCAGUGUCUGGCAGGCCUGCCCAGGAAAACGGAACCAAUCUUUCAUGCUAGCCCCUCCCUAUCCAGUCAGUGCCCCAGGGUCCACUGGCUAGCAUGUCCCAGGCUCCUGGCUGGCCACACUUGGGCAACUUGAGUCAUCCUAAGGUCUUUCAGAAGCAGGGAGAAGGGGCUGGGAGUUCUGAGUGGAACAGCCUGUCGGCAUCCCACUCUCACCAGGGCCCUACACUGUACCCCUCCACUCCCCAGUGCAGAGGCAGUCCAGCGGUCUCCCCUCACCCCAAACAAUGGAAGGAGGAUGGAGGCCAUCCCCCAGCUAGGCCGAUAGCUGAGCCCUUCACCCUCAGCUGAGCCCACAGCCUGUGGUCAACCCUGGCUCGUGUCCCUUGACCUGAGGAGUUACUGAGAAGGCCACCUUCCCAAUGCCCUCCUCGUGACCUCUCCCUGUCUACUGAGGACAGCCUGACUGCCCUUAACAGGGAAACCAGAGACAGGGCCUCUCCCUUAUUGCCAUCUCCACAGACCCACUCCUUGCUUCCUCCCUUGGACCUUAGGGGGUGAGGCCUCUCCAGGCCGAGCCCAGCCUCCACCUUCGCCAGGGCCCUCCCUGAACCCUCAGCCCCUCUGUUCCAGGUAUUUAGGUGCCCAAAUCUCUCACAUCCUUUAACAUACAACAAUAUAUACAAUCCCUUUUUAGGGGGAAUCAGGAUACACCAUUCCCUGGAACACAGUCCCCAGAGCAGACCCUCCCCCAGGCCUCAGGACACAUGCUUGGCCGUCAACACAGUGACCCCUCCCAUCACUUCUAAGCCUUGCCAGGGGCGGGGACAGGGCGGUUCCUGCAGGAUCCCAGCCUCACCGAGUCCAGCUGGCAGAUGGCUUUCACUUACAAACCCCUCUUGAGUUCACAGCACCUGAGUAAGACAGGCAGAGCAGGAACUAUGACUAGACUAUUGCUCCUGCCAAGAUGAAGAGCUGGGGCUAAGGGAGGCUUAGUGAUCUGCCUGGAGCAGCACAGAGAAUCCCGGCAGUACCAGUACCACCUCUCAGGUGCCCUGUGCCCAUCCGGGCUCUCAUCAAGGCAUCCUCCUCCCAAACUGCUGCCCUCUUCCGUGAAAGCAGAUUUCCUCACUUGCCCCACAGACACCAGGCCCUAUGGCCCUUCGUAGAGGCAGCAAGUGAACAGACACCAGCCUAUGGAGCUGCCUCCCUCUGGCUCCAGGCCAGCCCAGAGCUGCCUCGUUCUCUCCCCACGCCCACCAGACUGGCCCAGCACCACCAUGCCCACUUCACCGUGUUCCCUCCACGGUGGGUACACUGUCGAGGGAAAAACACCUCAGCCAUACCAUACCACAGACCCAGGACCACACGCUGUCCACACACACAGUCCACACGACACAGCCCCCCGGUGUACGCAGACAGACCCCUGUCACACACAGAAAUGAUCACAGAGAGAUGCUGACACAAAGACAGGAACACACAAUGCAUAUAACCAGAUACACAAAGUCGCACAAUGACACGUCUGCUGUCAAGCAGGAACACAGAGCACAGAGGCAGGAGGGAUACCUAGACCUCUAAGCUGUGCAGUUACAUUCUUAGGCACACCUACAGCUACUCAAUGACACCCACCCCGAUGCCACAGUCACCACGUCCCCAUGCACUCCCACACGCACGUACAGGUACCCUGGAACGCCUGCAUGCGCACACACACACCCUCACAUCCAUGUAUCACUCAGGGGCACAACCAGCACCAGGUCACCCCCAAUCCAGACACACGGAUCCGAGGUGCACACACAGUCAAUCCCACGCCUACUCCUGGGUCCUCCCUUCUCCCCCUCCCAGGGCUGAUCCAAGAGUAGAACAAAAGCCCUGUGUCCCCUCCUCCCCUUCCCCCUUAACUCUCCUCUCUCCCUCCCCCCUCACCCCACCCCAUCCCCCCACCCCCGUCAGCGUCCAUCCCCUUUGUCCUCCUGCAGUUGAGCCUGAGCGGGAGUCCAGGCAGAGCGGCAGGGACAUUGUGCCCAGGCUGUCAGGGGUGCAGGGCGGCAGGACAAACAGGAGUGGUCAGUGCACGAGCAGCAGCUGCAGAGAGCCUGGGAGAGGUCAUGGCCAGCCCCUUGUGCCGGGACAUCUCUGCAGAGAGAAGUCCCACCUGACGCUGAUGAGACCUGCCCUCUUGGAUGUCAGCUGAGAGUGGGCUGCCUUCUCAGCCAGUGGAAAAUAGAAUGAAGGCAGCAUGCUCCCAUGACCCCUAUCAACUCCUUCCGGUGGUCCUGCGCUGCUCCCUGGGAUACACCCCAACCUUGGCAAGUGUGGCUGAGCCGCUAGGCAUGCAGAGUCCACAGCCAGGUGGGUUCAGGGCCCAGCCCCUCUACUUGGGCAAAGUAGUUAACUUCCCGGGACCCUGCCCAUCAGGAAGCUCAUUUCCUCUGAUGCUAAGACAGGGGAUUCACCACACUGGAUGGCCCAGGCAUAAACAGUGAAAGCCAGACUGACUCCUGGGCAAGAUCUGACCUCCAGGGCAAAGCAGUCUCAGGGAAGGCAGAGCAGCUGGGAUCAGGAGAAUGGAGGGAGAAGCAAGGAGCAGAGAGCAGAGGUCUGCUCCCCUAGAGUAAGUUGCUACAUAAAGGUGUGUACUCCUUGUCCCUGGAAGUAUGCAAGCAGAAGCUGUAUGUUCAUAAUGGCCAAAUCAUAACCAAUCCGUUACAGCCCUUCAGGCUACAGAAUGCUUUCACAAACACCCCUCCUUUGAUCCUCACAGCAACCUCUGAAGGGCAGGUUCCAUCUAUGUGAUUGUUUCCUCAUGACAAACUUAAAAAAGAAGAGGGGAAGAAGUCUAAAGAAACUCUUCAGGUUUGUGAGGGUCAAAUGAAAUUACGUACAUAAAAGCAACUAACACAUGUGGUGUGCUCCCUUCCUCUUGGGUAAAAACAUGUAAGGCAACAUUUGUUGAGUUUGUACUGUAUACCUAGCACUUUUCAUACAUUCCAUUUCACAGUCAACAAGUCACCACAACCAUGUGAGAGAGGCAUUAUGACCGCAUUUUAGAUAAGGAACCUGAAGGGGAGUAACUUGAGCAGGUCACACAGCGAGUCAGGGGCAGAGGCAGGAUUAGCACCCGGAUCAGUCCUUAGAGCCAGCUCUUUCCACUCCCCCACAGGGCUUCCUUGAGAACAGAAAACUUACGAAAAAGGUCAACUUCCCUCUCAGCCUGGGCUCUAACCUCAUGUCCUCUUUCCCUCUGGGCCUCUGCACAGGCUGUUCUCUCAGCUGGAGACUUCCUCCCUCCACUCCCUUGCCUUCACCUGGCUAAUGCUACUUAUCAUUCUCAGUCUCCUAAUGCUCUGUACUUCCCCAUGGGACCCUGCCACACUGCAAGCUCCAGGAAGGCAGGGACUAUGUCUUGUUCACUGACUGGCACAGAAAAGGCUCUCAAUAAAUACUAACUUAAUGUAUUCACUCGACCUACUAUGGGCCAGAUCCUGUACUCUUGGGGAGGAGCAGACAUUAAAUAGAAUAAUCAGGGUGUGGUCAACAGGGAGCACCUGUCGGAGAUCCCAAGGAGAGUGGACGGGGUGAGGAGAUGGGGGUAGAGUUAUACCCCCCGCACAUACUGGAUCUCUGUGGGGUCGAUUGAAUUCCUUGACCAAAGGCUACAGCUCCUGUCAGAGGGCCCUCCUUAUACAGAUAUUUUGUGCAGGUUCCAAUAAUCUCCGCCUUUAGACCUUGGGGAGGUAAAGUCUCCCUGCUAUUGGUAGCCAUGUGGCACUGCUCUAUCCCUUGUGGGAGUCCCAAAACACUGUCUAUGCUUUUGUAAAUCCUUCCUUUAUUAGAAUCUCCUUAAGUUACCCCAUCUGAGAGCAUGCCAUCUGUCUCCUGCCAAUACUGAUAGGAAAAAGCUUAGCACGUCUGAAGAACAGAAAGAGCAGUAUGGCUGAUUGGGUAAGUGGAGGAGGAGGUGGUACAGCUAAGACAGGGUCUAGACCUUCAGGUAGGCUAGGACUAGCUCACUGAGGCCAUUAGGAAUCUUGACGGGUGGACGGAAGGAAGAGUGGUUGCAUGAAUGAAAGCACACUAGUUAAGAUAAUGCGUGCCUGCCUGAGUAAACCAGUGAACCAACGGAAGGAAUGGUGGGUGAGAGGCCUCCUGCCCUCUAACCGGGCCCCAGCCAGGUGGAUUUGCCGACGACGCGGUCUGUGUUCUCUGCCCGGCAGGACGCUGGAGGGCCCGGUGCCGGAGGAGCCGGAGCUGGAUUGGGGCUCCGAGGAGCCGUGCGCGGGGUCCUGCCACGCACAGCGCAUCCUGCAGACCCUGAAUGCGUAUCGGCGGAGCGGCACCCUCACCGACGUGGUGCUACGUGCCGGCGGCCACGACUUCCCAUGCCACCGCGCAGCGCUUAGCGCGGGCAGCACCUACUUCCGCAGCCUAUUCGCGGCUGGGCAGCCAGAGAGUGGCCUGGCUAUGGUGCCCGUGGUACCCGAGGCGCCGGGCCCUGCCGGGACAGCGGUGGCGACGGCGCUGGCCGUGGUGCUCGACUACCUGUACGGAGCGGGCGUGCGGCUGCGCGCGGAGGACGAAGCGGCCGCGGUGCUGGCGCUGGCCGAGCGACUGGGCGUGGCAGGCCUGCGCGAGGCCUGCGCGCGCUUCCUCGAGGGUCGCCUGCGCGCCGCUAACAGCCUGGCGCUGCGUCGCGUGGCCGCUGCCUUCUCCCUUGCCUCUCUGGCCGAGCGUUGCGGCCGCGUGCUGCGCCAGGCCUUCGCCGAGGUGGCACGCCACGCCGACUUCUUGGAGCUGACGCCCGACGAGGUGGCAGCGCUUCUGGCCGACCCAGCGCUGGGUGUGGCGCACGAGGAGGCCGUGUUCGAAGCGGCCAUGCGCUGGGUGCGUCACGACCCGCCAGCCCGCCGCGGACAGCUGCGGCGCUUGCUGGAGCACGUGCGCCUGCCCUUGCUGGCGCCCGCCUAUUUCCUGGAGAAGGUAGAGGCUGACGAGUUGUUGCAGGCCUGCGGUGAGUGCCGCCCGCUGCUGCUAGAGGCCCGUGCCUGCUUCAUCCUGGGCCGCGAGACCGGCACACUGCGGGCCCGGCCGCGGAGAUUCAUGGACCUAGCUGAAGUGAUCGUGGUCAUCGGCGGUUGCGAUCGCAAGGGGCUCCUUAAGCUGCCGUUCGCCGACGCCUACCAUCCCGACAGCCGACGCUGGACCCCACUGCCCAGCGUGCCCGGCUUCGCGCGCUCAGAGUUCGCGACCUGCACUCUCCGCAAUGACAUCUACGUCUCUGGAGGCCACAUCAACAGCCGUGAUGUGUGGAUGUUUAGCUCCCAUCUGCACACCUGGAUCAAGGUGGCCUCACUGCACAAGGGCAGGUGGAGGCACAAGAUGGCGGUCGUGCAGGGGCAGCUGUUCGUGGUGGGCGGCUUCGACGGCCUGCGGCGCCUGUGCAGCGUAGAGCGCUAUGACCCCUUCUCCAACACCUGGGCUGCUGCGGCCCCGCUCCUAGAGGCAGUGAGCUCAGCUGCCGUGGCACCCUGCGCCGGCCGGCUCUACGUGAUGGGGGGCGCCGGGCGGGACGGCGUCAACACCAACAAGGUGCAGUGCUUUGACCCCAAGGAGGACCAGUGGAGCCUGCGGUCACCAGCGCCCUUCUCGCAGCGGUGUCUCGAGGCUGUUGCCCUGGAGGACACCAUCUAUGUGGUUGGGGGCCUCAUGAGCAAAAUCUUCGCCUACAACCCUGGCAUGGAUGUCUGGGGGGAGGCAGCUGUCCUCCCCAGCCCUGUGGAGAGCUGUGGCGUGACUGUGUGUGAUGGGAAAGUCCACAUCCUUGGCGGGCGGGAUGAUCAUGGGGAAAGCACCGACAGGAUCUUCACCUUUGACCCCAGCAGUGGGCAGGUGGAGGCCCAGCCAUCCCUGCAGCGCUGCACCAGCUCCCAUGGCUGCGUCACCAUCGUCCAGAGCCUGGGCAGGUGACUCAUACUUGAACCAGGAGGUGGGGAGGGGAGGGAGAACUCAGGUUCACCACUGCUCCCCUCAUGGCACCUCGGUGUAAACAGCCUCUUAGCUUACUGCCCCUUUUCUUGUAGAAAUAAAACCUCCUUCAAAGGUUGGGUCUGUGUUCCAGCUCAAGCCUCCUUUGCCUGGAGAAGUAAUGCCCAGUAUCUGCUCCCUGCUUUGACUCUUUACAAAACACCUUCAUAUGUUAUUACCUCGUUUACCGUCAUAAUAGCAGCGUGGACAUUUUAAAAAAUUAUGAAAUAUUUCAUGCAUAAAAAGAAUAUAUUUUGUAUAGUUUAAGAAUUAUAAUAAAAUAAAUGUGUUUCCACGACCUAGCUUAAGACAUAGAUCACUAGCUUAAGAAAUGCCUUUGUAGGCCCCUCUAUUUCCAAACCCAUCCCUUCGCACGUUCCUCCCAAGAAUUGUCACUAUUCUUAAAUUUCAGAUUAUUGGCACUUAAAAAAAAAAACUUUUAGUGAGCUAGUUACUAAUAUCUGUAUUUUACAGAGAAGCAACUGAUUUUAAAAGAUAAGGAGACUCACCCAAGGCCACAUACUUAGUAAGAGGCAGAAUCUAUGACUCAUAGAUUCCAUGAAGCUUUAGAAUCUAUGAGACACUUCUGGCCAGGAUGGUUCUCCCUUUCUAAACCACCCUCUCCAAUUCAAACACCUAUAGCAAUGAUAGAUAAAAUUAAAAGCCAGACAACUGAGGCAUAGGCUUGUAAGUAAGCAAACAUGUCUGAGGACCAGAAACAGAAUUGUAAAACAUAAGGCAGAAGCUCAAGCUCCUAAAUUCAGAUUCUGGGAUAAAGGCUUUAAAACCAGGAUGACAAACCAGGAUCACUGCUAGAAGCCUGGGCCAAGGUGGGGCUCCCCCGCUCAUGAAAGAAGCUGAAACAAAACAGAACAGUUGUAGAACCCUGAGCAGCCUCGGGGGUCAAGACUCGCAGUAAACUGGAGGCCCCCGGUAGUGGGCACCAGAGCCACAGGCCUCUAAGACACCAAUGAGCCCAGCUUUGCACCUGGAUGUGUGAGAUCCCCAACAUCAACGUGGGGUACAAGCUCCUGAUGCCAUUAUAAGUGCCUGGGUUGGUCUGGGGCUGAAGGGCAGCAACAUAAAACUGCUGGGUCGGGAGGGGUGAACUCAGUAGAAAGAGAGGGAACAAAGGACUGAUGCCACAGACUCUGUGAAUCAAGGCCCAGCGGUUCAGAUUCUGUGCCUGUAUUUCUGAGGCCCAGAGGAGCUAGCCAGGCCCCACCUGGGGCUCCCCUUAUUUGCACUCAGAUUGCCUUCUGAAGAGCUGUCAUCUGCUCCUCCAUCUCCUCCAGCACAGGGCCAGCACUAAGCCCCUAGCCAUUUUCCAAAGCCCCAGGGCCCUGUCUGCGGGAUCUCUCCAGCUGGGGCUGACCCAUCACAGAGCAGCAUAAAGGCCCGGGUCCCAGCUGAGCUCCUACCCUCCGAUUAUCCCAGAUUAGGGAGCCUGUGACCAUCUGGACACAGCUGAUAAUGGCAGAGGGGGAGGGGAGUGGGGUAGAGGCCCAGCCUCAGAGCCUUCCUGCUCCCACCCCAUGCACAACACCCAGGACAAAGCAAAGGUGCUGUACUGCUUGCUUACCCAGGCGAAAGCCGGAGUGGAAAGGGUAGGGGCAAAUCCAGGGCAAGCUCUCCCCAGAGACAUGGGCAUCUUACCCAGGCUCAGCACUUCUGUGUAGCCAGACAGAUUGCCCAGUUUCCCCCAUGAUGGCCAUUUGUGCCCCAGUGCUUGCUCAUGCAAGUGCCAAUGCCCUUUCCUGCUCUGUCUGCCUGGGCAGACCUGACACCAUACACCCAAGAGCUGACCACUCCCUCCCUGUACCCCUUCCUUAUCAGCCCUUCUUCCAUCACCUGACAUAUGGCCAGGCCUUCGUGUGACAUCUCUGGUCUCUCCUGACACACCCAUAGGAUGCCUCUUGAGGCAGGAAAGGUGUCACCUUCAUCUCUGGGUCCUCCAGUGACUGGAACAAACCCUUCCACUGAAUACCUUAAAUCAAGGUUUCCUGGAUUUCUAUCUCAUAAUACCUGUGAGGUAGUUACUACUGCUCCCCUCCCCCCCUCCCACCUCCGAUUACAAAUGAGUAAACAGACUCAAGAGUUGUGAAGUGACCUGCUAACUAAGGUCACAAGGCUGGUGAGUGGUGGCAGAGCCAGGAUUCCAACUCGGGUCCAGCUAUCUCCAAAGUCUGCUUCCUCCAUGCAGCCUCUGCUAAUCUGAGAAAAUGGUGUGGGGCACAGCAAAGCAGUUGUUUAGAAGUAGGAGAUACAUCAUUUCCACGUGGGAAAUUCCAGCUUGACAGGAUACUGUCCCUGACCUUCUGGGCUCCCGACUUGAUGAGACAUGGUGCUUGUCCCUGGUGAGUGAGGCUCACAGAACACAAGCAAAAGGUGACAGCCACGGGUCCUAAUUAUAAGGACUACUGGUUAGAUCGAGACCAUAUACAGAGGAUCCCCCUGGCUCCUAGUCCACUGCUCUCUGGCACCCCAGGCUGCCUGCUGAAUGUGAACUGUUACCAUUCAGUUCAGAGGGAAGCCAGAUAAGUCCAUGACCCCUUAGCCACACACGGAUUUGCCAUCUUCUCACCGGCUGAGAACAGAGACAACUCUUGGUAUGCAAUCAGAAAAUGAUGAACCCAAAUUUAAUUUUUGAGUUUCUUUUUUGAGUAGAUCUAUUUGUAAAGAUUGAUAUUUUAUGACUGUAAUUCUUUCUUAGCGGGCUUUCAAAGAACAAGGAGAACUUUAUUUCUUACAUAAUAGAAUAAAACUUUCUAUUUUGUAAUCACUAUAUGGACUUGUUGAAUUCUUUUAUAAAUCUGAAACAUAUCCAUGCUGUAUAUGCUACCCACCCAUUAGUACAGGAAAAAACAUAGUAUAUGUAGAGUUCCCUACUAUCUGCGGUUUUAGGUAACCCCUGAGGUCUUGGAACGUAUCCGCUGCAAAUAAGGGGGGACUACUGUAUUAAGUUGUUCAAGAGGAAAGAUUUCAUCACACAAUUCUUUGUGACAAAAACCUGGACUAUCCCAUUUUGCUCAAAGACAAUGUGACAGUAUGUAUCUUUUAUGAUGACUAUGCCCCCAAAUUUACUUGGUAGUUUGUUACAGUUCAUAGAGACAAGCUGAAGGCAGCUGUACAUAAAGAUGAGUGGAGAAAAACAGAUGCUGUAGGAAUUUUUAAAAUUCAUUGGUCAUCUGAAUUGACCUUUAUAAAUCUAAAAGUGAAAAUGUUUUAAAAUUAUGAAGCAAAGAAAAUGGCUAUCCUCUCUUCAACAAAGUUAUAAGCAACCAAUUUUUUUUUUUUUUGGCGGUACGCGGGCCUCUCCCUGUUGUGGCCUCUCCCAUUGCGGAGCACAGGCUCCGGACGCGCGGGCUCAGCGGCCAUGGCUCACAGGCCCAGCCACUCCGCGGCAUGUGGGAUCUUCCCGGACCAGGGCACGAACCUGUGUCCCCCGCAUCGGCAGGCGGACUCUCAACCACUGCACCACCAGGGAAGCCCCAACCAAAAUUUUUUAAGGCACUGCAUGUUGACAAUCCAAGUGUAAUACAAAACAAAACCAAAAAAGCCCCAGAAGCUAGAGCUUGUUAGAGAUGUAUUUGAAAUCUGGAAUCAGCAGCUACAAGAUGAAUACCUUCACUUCAUGGCAGCUGAUAAACAUUUCACUGCCUUCAAGUAACAUUGCUCAUUUGGGGUAUAUAUCCUUCUAGACAAUGAAAAUGUGAAGUUGUUUGCUGUUAUAACUCAUAUAUGUCUAUGUAUGUAUACACAUACAAAUAUAUGUAUAUAUGACAGCUCUACUGAGAUACAAUUCACAUACCAUAAAAUUCACCCAUUUGAAGUUUACAAUCCAGUGUUUUUAGUAUAUUGUUAUGCUGUUAAUACUUGCUAAAUUUUAAAUAUUUUGGAUACUUGUUAAAAUUUAUCAUAAAAUUGACUUUCACU